UAUUGAAGGUACCUACAACCUACAGUUCAAUUGUAGUAACAUUUCUUCAGUCGGUAGCCGGAUCGGAUAGGGCAAAGGUUUCUUUUAUGUCAUCUAUUGUUCCCAUAAUUCAAAUUAACGUUUGAAUUGUAAUAUAAAAUGACGAUGUCAACGUUGCAUAGAAACGCAAUUAUAACAGGUAGUUUUGAUUCGUACUGCCUCCUUUGUGAAGUUCAUUUAAAGGAGAACGUGGAAGAUCAUAUCAAGGUGCCUGAGCAUAAAGAAAAGUUGCAGCAUUCCAGCUAUGUGCAGAAGUAUAAAUUUCAUCAUAUACGGAAAGUAUUGAAAGGAUACUAUUGCGAAUUCUGUAAUAUUCUGCUACCGACAUUAGUUAACAUAGGUCUUCAUGUUACAUCGAAUGACCACGAACGUAAAGUAGGAAAUGGACUUUUGAAAGAAGUAGAUGGAGGCGUCACUGCUUUUGACCGGAUGUUUAUAGACAAUCAGGCAUGGAAUGGUCUUAUCGAAGACACAAUUUGUUGCCUCUGCAAUGAAGAAUUUAAUGAUAAAUCUGUGCAUUUAAAGCAACCUUCGCAUAUCCUUCACCUGAUUAAAAAAGGUGUACACAUGAAGGAACGCGGAAUUGUUUACCGAAAUGUUGAUACCACUACCUUACAUUGUAUGGUUUGCAAUAUAAUCUUGGAAAUUAAGGACGGUGAUUUACAUUUUGAUAGUAGCCUACAUUUGGAACAAUUUCGUAAAAGCUGCGAACUAAAAAAGAAAUUAGACGAAAAUUCGAUAAAGGCAAGAAUCGACGAUGUAAUAAAACAGGAGGCAAAGCCGCCUGUGAUUGAACAUUCUACAUACUGUGUUAAAAAUAAAGAAACCGAUGUCAAAAUGUGCAAUGAUAAUAAUAAUAAUAGCAAAAAUAAUGACGUAAUAAAAGCUCAAGAGGACAAAAAAACUAAUGCAGCCAAAACUAAACCAGAAGAAAGCAAAAUAGAAGACGCACUACGUCACCCAUUCCAAGCUAAAGAAGAAGCAAAGAUACUUGCUAAAAAAAACAAAAUCAAUUAUAAGUUCGCCAAACAAAGCGCUUACUGCUACGUGUGCAAUGUCACUAUAUCAUCAUCUCUAAAAAGAAUUAAAGAACACAUAGAAGAAAAUAAUCAUAAAAAAAAUCUUCAGGAAAAUAAAAGAAAUCAGGUACCAGGGAACUGUAAGAAAGCUAACAAAAACAUUAUUAAAAUUCCUAAUGCGUAUUUCGUAAAUCACUUGUUAGAGUAUGAAUUGAACCUAAUACCCGGACCACUUGGUGAUUGGGUUGUUCUAAAUGGCGAACUUUGUAUGAUGUCUAUAAGCUACUCAAUGAUUACAGUAAAUUGGUCAUUAAUACGAUGUCAAGCAUGUAAGGAAACAGUUUUAAAUCUACAAAACCACAUCAAAAGUUCCAGACAUGAGAAAGCGAUAAUGUUUAUGCCCGUGGUUAUUUCACUGAAAGGUGAAUAUGUUAGAGAGAUUCAACCUGGACUCUACCACUGUGGUUUCUGCAAUCUAGUAGCUGGAGAUUGGGAAAAUUUAACAAUGCAUUUGGAAUCGGACAGCCAUCGUACAAAGAAAUUUCAAUGUCGUUUAAAGCAUGAGUAUUUGAAACUAAUCAGUUAAUCAAGACAAUAAAUUACCAAUUAUUGUAAUACGCCAGUAUUUAUGUUUCUUAUACAUUUCAAUUGCUUUUUUAGACAUUGCUCCUAAACAAAUAAAUCUACUUUGUUUUGGAUAAUAUAUUUAUUAUUUUCUUAAUCUUUUGUUGUAUUUUUCUAUUCUAAUUAAUUGUUUGCUACUAAUUCGAUUUCUUAUUACUUCUUGUACUAUAUAUACAUAUGUUUGUUUAUGAAAUAUGUUUAUAAAUGUUGUAUUUAAAACUAUACAAAUGGUAGCAAUUUAAGUUUUAUUAUAUUUAUGUGAAUUUGAUUGUUGAGUCUAUUAUGAUAAGUACAAUGUUGAAAAUUAUGCUAUUUUCUUAUUAAUUUUAUAAUAAAAAUAUAUUACUACAUA